AGUGUGCACCCCCGGGGGUACACAGCAGUGGUGAUCAGUGGUGUGCUGUGUCCCUGUUAUGUUAUAUAUAGGGAACAUCUACACUGAUCAUCAGGGCACUGAUGAUGAGUGUAGCCCCAUCAAUGCCACCUGCCAGUGCCCAUCAGUGCCACAUCAAAGCCACAUAUCAGUGCCUGCCAGUGCACAUCAAUGCCACAUAUCAGUGCCCAUCUGAGCUGCCUUUCAGUGCCACCUAUCAAUGCCAAUCAGUGCCGCCUAUCAGUGCUGCCAAUCAGUGCCACCUAUCAGUGCCAGUCAGUGCUAACCAUCAAUGCCAGUCAGUGCCGCCUAUCAGUGCUGCCAAUCAG